AUGGCUUCCACCAAUAAGCCCGUAGGAAAAGUUCUUUACAUUGCUUCUGUUGUGCCUGAUUUGUUGCGACACGUUCAGAAACUUUUACCAAAUGUCGCAAUUUCACAAAUUAACAAUAAUCUGUUCAAUGAAAACCAAGUGACUAAUGAAUUAAAGUCUGAAUUGAAGGAUGCUGAAAUGUUAGUGGCUGACCCUCCUUUAAUCAGUCAACUAUUAUAUGAAUCCAGUUUACCUUUAAAAGUUGUCAACUCAACAUGGGCAGGUAUAGAUGCCAUCAUAAAGAAUUUAGACAAAUCAAAGGGCUAUCCAAAGUUCACCCUGACUAGAAUGGGUCACGGUUUUGGAGAGAUUAUGGGUGAAUAUGUUAUAGGUCAUAUUAUAGCCACAGAGAGAAGGUUUAAAGAUACUUACCAGUACCAGAGUCAACACCAGUGGGCACAGCAAAAGCUGAAGUCAUUUCGCCCGUUGUCCUCUCUAAAUAUUGGUAUUUUAGGACUGGGACAAAUAGGAAAUACAGUUUCUAAAUAUUGUAAGAGUUUAGGAUUGACUGUGAUUGGUAUAAAGAGAAGAGAAUCCAAGUCAGCUAGUCAGUAUAUAGAUCAAUAUGGGUAUGUAGAAGAGCUUGAGAAUAUUUUACCAUCCUGUGAUUAUAUCUGUAGUAUUCUACCUAGUACCCCUGAUACCAGAAAUCUACUCUCAGGCCAAAUACUCUCAUGUUGUUCACAAAGAAAACCGGUGUUGAUAAAUAUAGGACGAGGAGAUGUUAUAGAUGAACAGACAAUUAUAACAGCAAUACAAAAUAAAUGGCUUAGCGGAGCAAUAUUAGAUGUUUUUGUAACGGAGCCUCUUUCUGAAUCUAGUCCAGCAUGGGAUCUACCUAACGUUACGAUAACACCACACGUUUCUGGGCCUUCCUUAUCGCAACAGGUAGCUGAAUGUAUAGCUGAUAAUUAUAAUAGAUAUAUUCAAGGUGACGAAUUACAGUAUCAAGUCAAUUGGCAACGAGGAUAUUGA